UGUAGGACAGGGAGCAUCUGCCUUGGGUCUCAUUGCUUGCAGUGCACUGGGGGGAUUGCAGGCUCCUUGGAUGGGGAUCACAUUGCAAUGUUCUUCUUCAUCAUCCAUGUGCCUGGGAUGUCAUUGCUGAUGUGUAACAGGUAAAGGGAUCAGCAGAAGGCUUGUCUGGAUCUACAGAUUGCUGACAACUGCAUGGAAGCAUCUACAGCAUGAGUGCAGUAUCUCAGCACCAGGCUCUACAGAGCCACCUGGAGAAGUCAGCUGGAAAUGCAAUCCUCUGCAACAACUGCGGCAGCGCAUGUAAAGGAGAGGUCCUCCGGGUGCAGAAUAAAUAUUUUCACAUCAAAUGCUUCACAUGUAAAGUUUGCAGCUGCGACCUCGCCCAGGGUGGAUUUUUUGUACGGCAGGGAGAUUACAUAUGUACACUGGAUUAUCAGAAACUCUAUGGAACCAGAUGCUUCAGUUGCGAUGGGUUUAUAGAAGGAGAGGUGGUGUCCGCUCUUGGAAAAACCUACCACCCAUGCUGCUUCGUAUGUGCUAUAUGCAAAAGCCCAUUCCCACCUGGUGAUCGUGUUACUUUUAAUGGCAAGUCAUGCGUAUGCCAAAAAUGUACGGUCUCCCCCACUGUUGGCAACAGCAAUAUCUCUAUCCAGUCCCUGAGAAACUGUGGUGGUUGCGGUUUGGAAAUAAAAAAUGGCCAGUCUUUGGUUGCUCUGGAAAAACACUGGCACUUGGACUGCUUCAAAUGCAAGACCUGUGGUGUCCACUUAAAAGCAGAAUAUAUUAGCAAAGAUGGGAUUCCUUAUUGUGAAAUGGACUAUCAUGCUAUGUUCGGCAUAAAGUGUGAUCACUGUGAGAAGUUCAUCACGGGGCGAGUGCUGGAGGCUGGAGAAAAACACUAUCACCCAACCUGUGCACGAUGUGUCCGCUGCAACCAGAUGUUUGCCGAGGGGGAGGAGAUGUACCUGCAAGGAAAUUCAAUAUGGCAUCCUAUUUGUAGACAAGCUGCCAAAACAGAAGAAAGAAGCAAGGAAACAAGAACGUCUUCGGAGAGUAUCAUAUCAGUUCCGGCCUCGAGCACAUCUGGAUCUCCAAGCAGAGUCAUUUAUGCAAAACUUGGAGAUGAGAUUAUUGACUACAAGGAUUUGGCAGCUCUUCCCAAAGACAAAGCCAUCUAUAAUAUUGACCGUCCUGAUAUGAUUUCCUAUUCUCCAUACAUCAGUUACUCAACAGACGACAGGCAUAGUUAUGGGGAGUCACCCCAGUUGCUAUCCCCAACACCUACAGAGGGAGAUCUUGAUGACCGAUCAUUAAAACAGUAUAGAGCAUCCAGCCCAAGCUCCACUGGUUCCAUCGGCUAUGGACGGUACACACCGACAUCUCACUCACCGCAGCACUACAGUCGGACAGCUGGUACUGAUCCUUUCGGUACCAGUAGCUGCAUCUCCCUGUCCCAACAUACAAGCCCCACAUCUACAUUCAGGCAUCAUUACAUCCCUUUCUUCAAAGGCAGUGAAAGUGGGCGGAGUACUCCAAGCUUAUCCAUGUGCUCAGACACCAAAUCUACAUCUUCUUCUUCUUAUCAACAGGCGCCUAGACAUUUCCAUAUCCCAGACACUGGAGUUAAAGAUAACCUCUAUAGGAAACCCCCUAUCUACAAGCAGCAUGGUUCAAGAAGAUCUGUGGGGGAGGAGCUCAAUAUAGAUCCAGAUAAUAGGAAGAUUAAAUCUAGUUGGCUGAAUCUUAAAGGAGACAUGGAUGGCCAGAGUAACUCACCAGAAGCAGACACACGAUCCCUUUGCCUAAGUUCUGGAACCUACAGAGAUUCUUCCCAACGGAACCCAGGGGAACCUUACUCUCGGUUACCUUACUCCAAGUCAGCAUCCCUACCUGGAUAUGGUAAAAACGGACUACAUCGAGCUCCUAACUUUGGUCAGUACCAUUUGGAUGAUGAUUCUAGUUGGGGCAUGAAAGAGUACAAGGUAAGAGGUGUGAGGCCAGAACAAAUAGACAACACCCAUUCACCUCUCCCGCACAAGAUCUAUCCCUAUGAAUUGCUGAUUGUAACCAACCAAGUGCGGGUGAAGCUACCCAAAGAUGUAGACCGGACCAGACUGGAGAGACACCUGUCCACAGAGGAGUUUGCACACGUCUUUGGCAUGACUAUCGAGGAAUUUGACCGCUUAGCGUUAUGGAAGAGGAAUGACAUGAAGAAGAAGGCACUGCUUUUCUAGCCUACGCCAUCUGCUUAACAGAGCUGCCAUCGACUUCUUCACACUCUCUUCUCCUGGAAGAGCAAGGCAAGACUGUUCCAUGGGGCCAGCCAGUUCUCUCAUCUUCUACCAUGCCAAUAUCUGCCAAUGUUGCUUUAUUUACAAUAUUUCUAGCUGUCCUGGAACACUGUAACACCGACCACUGUAUGUCAGGGGUACAACGUAUAGCCCAUGUAUCCAUGAUUCUCAUCGAUAUCUAGUGACAUGAAGGCCAAAGACUCGCAUGUAAGCCAUGUUUGCAUUUAUUUCUAUGUGGUUUAUUAUGGAGAUAACAGCUCAACUAACCUGAUAGCAAAACUUUUCAUAUGUACCGAAAUAAGCUAAUGCUUGCUACACUCAUAUAUUCACGAACACUAAGACUGGCAUAUGACAUUAGUAUCUAAUAACCAGAUUUCUUAUAGAAGCUAUCUCAGGCAUCUUUGCGGCCAAAAUAGUUUAUUUUGGAAAUCCACUCAGUUACAUCAUUUUGACUUCUCAUAUGUUCAUAGAUAUAUCUAGUGACAGCAAAGACUGUAUAGGGGAAGAGACUGAGUUAUGUAAAGUAAUAUGUAAUGUUGUUAUUAAUCACAGAGAACAAAGAUAUUUGAGAUCGUCACUGAUUUGGCUGAAAGCAAUGUGCAGUAUUGAUACAGGUAGCAAGCCAAUAUAUUUAGCCAAAAGAAAGCCUUUGUCAGCCAUAACUAUUGUAUCAUAUGAGUAACGAUCGCCCACGGUUGGCAAACACCACCAACAUAACACGACACGUCCCAACGAUGGUGCCUGCCUCCUCAGGGAACACACAAGGGAACAGAGAAUGAUUCCCAAACAAGUAGAAAUAAGAUAAGCAUGAAAAUGAUCAUAAUCAUGCUGCUUCUUACGUCUGUCAUGGGGAGUCAGUAAGUGGCCAGGGCUUCUUUUUAUCAUGGCUAGUGUUGAGCGGCAUAGGCCAUAUUCGAAUUCGCGAAUAUUCGCGAAUAUAUAAACGAAUAUUCGUCAUAUAUUUGCGAAUAUUCGCAUAUUCGUAAUAUUCUCGUUUUAUUUUCGCAUACGCGAAAAAUUUGCGUAUGCGAAAAUUAGCUUAUACGACAAUCAGCAUAUACAAAAUUAGCAUAAGCUAAAAUUCGCAUAUGCGAAAAUUAGCAUAUGCAAAUUUUCGUAUAUGCGAAAAUUCGCACGCCAGUCUCACACAGUAGUAUUAGAGCCUUCUUUACACCACACAAGCUGGAAGCAGAGAGGGAUGAUCACUGUGAUGUGUACUGUGAAAAAAAAAAAAAAAAAAAAAAAAAUAUAUAUAUAUAUAUUCGUAAUUACGAAUAUAUAGCGCUAUAUUCGCGAAUAUUCGCGAAUAUGCGAUAUUCGCAAAUAAAAUUUGCAUUGCGAAUUUUCGCGAGCAACACUAAUCAUGGCCUUUUACUUGUUUUGAUCAUCAUUUCUUUGUUCACCACAACUUUGAUUAUGAUUAUCAUCUCACUUAUCUUUCUUGUACUUGUGUGGGAAUCAUUCUCUUUUCUGCAAUGUGUCCCCUGAGGAGCCUGGUACCAUCCGGGCGAAAUGCGUUGGAACGUGUCUGUGCGUCAGUGACUAAUUAUAUGUAAUGUUGGUAUCGUAGGGAUGGCACCAGACAUCCUAAAGGGGUACUCAGCCCCUGGACAUGUUAUCCACUAUGCUUAGGAUAGGGGAUAAGAUGUUCUGGGGCAAAGUACCUCUUUAAGGAGCGAAGAGGACUUUUUGCUCACAGAAGUGGUGUAGUCAUGACCCACACACAGUGGAUAUUUUGUCCAACAUUGAUAUAUUGGCAAUGCACACAGUUGUAGACCUACUGUUUCUCAUAACUCACUAAAGGCUUUUCUAUCUGUUGGGGGAUGCAGUUUGGGCUAGGUUUCCACUUUUUUUUUCCAGCAAAAUUGCCUCAAAAAAGCAUAUAUUUUUGGGGGAAAAAACACACAAGACUAAAACCCACUAUUUUUGGGAAAAAAAAAUAAAAAUAAAAACACCACCCAAACUGCAACAGGGCAUUUUUAUUUAUUUUUUUCAGAUCAUAAAAACGCACACAAAAACAAGUAGAAACCAAGCCUGAAGGCUGUAAUCCUGUUGCCACCACUGCGUGUGAAUUUAUUAUUGAGCUCAAUAAGAAUUGUAACAAUCCCUAUGCAGUAAGCUCCCCUUGUGGCAGCUACAGGAGCCUAGAAUUUUAUGAUGUUGCACUAUAGAUGUAUAAAAAGAAUAAGGAAUCUUAAUCUUUAUAUAUAAAAAAAAUAAAAAAAACAUCAUCUCAUGUUGGACCUAUUUAUUACAUACAAUGAAAUUAUAUGGAAACUUCCUGCCCCAGACCACUCUUACCCCUACAUUAUUCAUAAUAUAUAUAAUUACAAUAAAUGGUUAAUUGGUCGGCUUUCCGGGCAUGCUGGGAGUUGUAUUUUUGCAACAACUGGAGGCACCCUGGUUGGUAAAAACUGGUGUAAGAUAUGUAUCAGUUGAUCCCAUCAAUGUCUGUGGGACCAGCCGACCUUGUAUUGUGAAUGGUGGGCCUCCAGACUGUCUACAAACAGCAGAGGAGUCUGGCUAUAGCUUUCUUUUCCCUCUCCAUUCAAAACACAUGCACGCUCAGCCAAGCCGAACAUGCAGAUGCAUCAAGGGACUGGGAGAGAUAGCUAUCUUAUGUACGUUGUCCAUUUUAGGACAUUGUCAGACGUAACUCCAUCCCGCCUCCUCCCUCGGACCAAUCGCCGUCGGUCGUCAGCCUUAACUCCAUCCCCGUCAGGCGAAACAGCAUCCCGCCUUCUCCCUCGGACCAAUCGCCAUCAGUCGUCAGCCGUAACUCCAUCCCCGUCUAGCGAAACAGUGUCCCGCCUCCUCUCUCGGACCAAUCGCCAUCAGUCGUCAGCCGUAACUCCGUCCCUGUCAGGCGAAACAGUGUCCCGCCUCCUCCCCCACACCAAUCCUCCGUCAGUCUCCAACCUUAAAUCCCUCCUCCCUCAUCCGAAACUCCCUCGUCCAAAACUACGUCAUCCCUCAGACGAUUCUCCCUCAGACAAACACUUCCUGCCGCAUAGCAGAGCCAACGCUGCAGAGCAUGUAUAGCAGAGUUGAAACUGUGAAACUUGCACGUGUACUACAGACACUACAUGUUCUACAGAGUCUGUAUAGCAGAGCCGACACUGAAUAGCAUGUACAGCAGAACCCGUAUAGCAGAGAGCUGACACUGACUUGGCUCUGCUACAGGGCAGGAAGGUUUUUCAUCUGGGGGAUGACGGAGUUUCAGAUGAGGGAGUUUCGGAGGAGGGAGUAGUGACUGACGCCUGACUGAGAAUGGUCCGAGGGAGGAGGCGGGACGCUGUUUUGUCUGACGCGGGACGGAGUUACGGCUGACGACUGACAAUGUUCUAAAAUGGACACCGUACUUAUGUGUGCAGUAAGUUUAUGUAUAUGUUCACACUAGUGCAGAGAUUCUGCCACACUAAUUUAACAAUGAUCUAAGUGGGUCAUCAAGUUCAUGUUCAUUCUUUCGGGGGCAUUACACUCAAACUGCAUUGUCGUCAAUGGUUACAGCACAUGUCCUCGUGGUUCUUACACCAAUGAAUUUCGGUGGUGACCCUGAAUAUAUCCAGGCGGGGAUUUUGUAGUAUGAAAAUACCCUAUCGCAGAUAGAUUGAGGAGUUUCUGGUCACAGCUACUACUGCACUUCUUCUGUUAAUCCUCUAGGGGGAACUAUGUUUCUUACAUAAACUCAACUAUCUCCUGUUUGUCGCGACAAUAUCCUCAUUCUGCCCUGUCAAAAUGUUUCUUUUAGGUUACUUAUAUACCUAUAUAAUACUAUCCAUUAUUACUUUCAAUCCCCUUAUUUAAACAACCUUCUACCUGUUGUGAAACUACAACUCCUAGCCUGCCAGAUGAUGUUUUUUGUGAGUUGUAGUUUCAGUUCCAGGUUGGAAGCCGCUCUUAUGAUGUGUAUAACUGCACUGAUAAGUGCUUCCCAACCAGGUUGCCUCCAGCUGUUGCAAAACUUCAACUCUCAGCAUGCUCAGACAGCCGAAGGCUGUCUGAGCAUGCUGAGAGUUGUAGUUUUGCAACAGCUGGAGCCUCCCUGGUUGGGAAACACUGACAUAGACUAAUAGUUGGCUGGUGCAGCUUGGAAUAGCUUUCAUGGAUCUAUGUAUGAAUUUAUUAUUCGU